CCUUCUGGAUUCGUUGACGUCUGGAUUGGCUGGUUCCAUUCACAACCUGGAAGCCACGCCAACUCUCAGGUGACUGACUGUGUUUGCUCCCAUCCACUCUGGCGAAUGCAUGGGCGACAACCCUGGCGAACCGGCGUCCUCCGAGUGUGCCAGCGUUGCAUUUCCGCCGUUUCAAGCUGCAAGGGCCACAUCCCCGGUGUUCCAGCGCCAAUCAGCAAUACUCAAUCGUCAAGUUUCAGCUGCAUCGGCCUUCCUCCCACGAGUUGUCGUCAAUCAGAGUCCAGAUUUCCGCAACGGCGGACAUGAACAGGUAGUGCUCGGCUCGGGGUCCCGAGUAUGUCGCUCACGGGAGCAGCGAAAGAUGGAUUGCCACUUGUGCUUGUCGGUUCCUCCUUUCCCCCCACCAGAGCUUCCUGGGAUCUGCACCGUUGACAGGUCUGGUCCCGCAUUGGCCCUCUGUUCGUCUGUUCGUCGCAAACUUGCCGCGCCCGAACCCGUUCACCUCCAGCACCCAACUCGCGAAGUUCCGUUUUUUUCAUCGUCAACCGGCGCUCUGCGUGGAGAUCCCGAUUUCGCUGGCAAAUUGAACGCUGUCUUGGGUUGCACGAAAGGGUCAAGAACCCGGGACGAAGCCCAUCGCCAAUUCUCUUCUGUGUUGUUUCGUGGUAAACCAUCUCGACGAAAUCCAAGGGACCCAAGUACGGGUCUUGGGCAAAGGAAAGAAAAUCAACAUCCCCGACUAGGAGGGGGCAGCGCGAUUCUCUCUGCCACGAGUUGGAGCAUUGGCCUCGCUGAUUGAUGAGCUUGGUUGGGCCUUUGACCCGCCUCCUCGAUUCGCUGCAACCCUCUUCUCGAUCCCUCCUCCAUCAACCUCGUGGUGCCCGAGA